GUUGUUAUAAACAGAUUUUGGAUCAUUUUGGAUAUUUACUCACAACAAUAAAAUAAAAGCAAGUUUUAUUAUUAAAAAUAAUCAUUAAUUAUUAAAAAUGAACGCGCCACCAACAUUCGAGUCAUUUCUUCUCUAUGACGGAGAAAAGAAAAUUAUUAAGGAACAAGAUACCAAAGUUCCUAACGCUGCGAUUUUUACUGUCAACAAAGAGGAUCAUACUCUUGGAAAUAUGAUUAGAAAUCAAUUAUUGAAGGACCCACAUGUUUUAUUUGCUGGAUAUAAAGUGCCUCAUCCCCUGGAGCACAAGUUUGUGAUCAGGAUUCAAACCACAUCCGAUUACACUCCUCAUGAAGCUUUCAUGCACGCAAUUACCGAUUUAAUUGCUGAGCUUUCAUUGUUUGAAGAGAGAUUUAAAGACGCUAUUAAAGAAAAGAAAGAAGGAUUGGAUUAAAAACUGUAGAUUAAUUAUAAUAAAUAUUUUUUCACUUAAAA